AUGGUUCAUCUAAAAAAAGUUUUAUCAGAACAACUGGGAAUUGGAAUUGGAACUAUUUAUCAAACAAUUUUGGAGUACAAACGGUCCAAAACAAUUUCAUCUCCUAAUAGAACCAAAAAGUUUAUAAAUGUGAAGGAUAAGGUAGAUGACUUUGAUAAAUAUGCAAUAAGACGGAAGAUACAUAAAUUUUGGUGUGACCGCGAGUUCCCGACGUUAGACAAAAUACUCCAAGUUGUUAACGAAGAUGAGGACUUACCUGAUUUCUCUCUUACCUCAAUGUACAGAUUAGUAAAAUCUAUGGACUUUGUGUACGUGAAACAAGGCCGUAAUAGCGCUUUAAUAGAAAAAACUGAAAUCGUCGAUUGGUGGAGGCGAUAUUUAAGGGCAAUACGGCGAUAUCGAGAGGAGGGUCGGCCAAUAUAUUAUUUGGACGAAACUUGGGUCAAUGCUGGUGACGUUCCAUACAAAGUUUGGUGCGAUAAAUCGGUCAAAUCAGCGAGAGAUGCGACUUCAAAGGGCCUUACAACCGGUGCAGUAAAACCAAGUGGAAAGGGGAAACGUCUUAUUGUUUGCCAUAUUGGUUCUGAAGAUGGUUUCGUCCCUGACAGUUUGUUAUGCUUUGAGUCUAAAAAAAACACUCAAGACUAUCACGAUGAAAUGAAUGGUGAAUGUUUUCGUGAAUGGUUGGAAAGUGUUUUGCCAAGACUCAAAGAUAACGCUGUUAUUGUUAUGGAUAACGCCCCUUAUCAUUCCGUAAAACAAGAGAAAUGCCCAAAUGUAAAUACAAGGAAAGCCGAUAUUAUUGCGUGGCUCGAGAGCAAAGGAGAGGUUGUUGUUUGA